AGAUGUCCAUAUGCCCACUUACAUGGGGUGAACAACUGCGGUGAUUGCUCUCUAUCCAAUAGCAUAGACAGCCGGACAGACCUGCCCAGCAGCUCCGACUUUGUUUACAUAAGACAACACGUUGCGCAUUUUUUUACUUGAUAAAUACUCCACCAAACACCUUAGUUAGAUCUAAAACAUCCUCAGCAUAAACGUAAACUCGAGAAAUCUGUAAUUAUCUUAGACGAAUUUCUGUGAUUUUGAGGAAGUGAAAGUGUCUCAUGGGGGACAAACAUUAACCAAACGCAGAAUCGGUCAGGAAACACACGUCCAUGAAAUCUCGUGUUUCUAAUCAGCAUCAGAAAAACAUCUUUUUUAUUUUCUUAAUCCAAUAUCCAACUCAGAACUCCAAUGAGGACGAUAAAGGAGAUCUCCAAUGUGGAUUGACUGAAGUCCCAUCUUUGGAAGACCUCUUAGAGGAAGAGCUGCCAGAAACAGAGGAACAGAAGGAUGAAAAGGAAAAGGAGAAGGAAGAAUGCUGCUGUAAUGGAGGCCAUGGGAGGGGAGGAGGACCCAAAAGAAGAGGCCCACCAAGGGCCUAGCACCUUAGCUGAUGUGAGGGAGGAAUACGGUCCAGCUGUGGAGGAUCUGGGAGUUAGUGAGGAGGAAGACCUGUAUCGAGGAGCUGAUGAGCUCCCCCAAGGGCCAGUCAAACAUGCAGUACCGGAGACACUGUUUGAAAUCACACUUCCAAAGGUUGAGGACAGAUGCAGUCUGGAGCCGAUGGUGGAUAUUCUGUCUUACAGUGAGAAUGAGUGGAAGGGAAACACUACCAAAAGUACCCUUAUUAGAAAGGGUUACACUAAGCUGUCUCAGAGGUUUGAGAGCCUGAGACGGGUGAGAGGUGAUAACUAUUGUGCCCUCCGAGCCACUCUGUUCCAGGUGCUCUCCACCAGCACCCAGCCGCCUUUCUGGCUGCAGGUCGAACACAUCUCCACGUGGGCGGAGGAGCUGGAGGCACGUGAGGGGCUGAUUGGCCAGUGGAUGUUCCCCUCGGAGUGCAGACAGGGGAAUGGGAGCGAAGACGCCGUCCAACAGCUCAAACGCUACAUGGAACUCCUCGAGAACAGGUGGCAGGCGGCGGUGGGCUGCUCCAGCAUGGAGGAGAGACAGCGGUUGUGUGAGCGUGUGUUCCAGGGAGGGGAGGAGGAGCUGGGGCUGCUGGAGGCCCUGAAGCUCCUCAUGCUGGUCCGGGCAUCGGAGUUCCAUACCACCAUGCAAGAGGGAGGGGAUGUGCCAGUCUUUUGCUGGCUGCUCUAUGCACGUGACUCUUCCGACUGCCCACGCACAUUCCUCUCCAACCACCUGAGUCGACUGGGUUUCAGUGGGGGUCUAGAGCAGGUGGAGAUGUUUCUGCUGGGAUAUGCCUUGCAGUGCACCAUCCAGGUCUACAGGCUGUACAUGACAGACACCGAGGAGUUUGUCACCUAUUAUCCUGAUGACCAUAAGGAAGACUGGCCCUGUGUGUGUCUGGUUACAGAGGAUGACCGCCACUACAACGUCCCAGUGGGCCAGCCCAAUGGACUCCAAGUCCCAGAAGACGUCAUUGCUAUCCCAGAGGACGUCCCUCCAGACUGUUUGGAAUCUAAGUCCCAGAAGACCUCACGGCAGGCUGAUUGCCACUGAAGAAAAAGCUCAUGGCAUGCACACAUGGCCAUAAUGUCAGAAGGUUCCUCAGGUUGACUGGAAGAACAGACUCCUGCUUAUUGACAGUUUACACUUAGUUAAAAAUAGCUUUUGGAGUAUGACGAGGGCAGAACGACAGAUUUGAAUCUUGUCAGCACGGGGAUUCGAUCUAGCAACCUUUCGGAUACUGGCCCAACGCUCUAACCACUAGGCUACCUGCCGCCCCAAUGUGGCUUGCUUGCGUUGAAUCCCGGCCCCAGAACUGAUGAAUAAAUAUAUCAGAUCACAGGCUUUGCACAAUACCAUCACGAUGCAUUUUAAUAUCAGGUGUAAAUGGUGUCUGUCAGAUGUCCACUUGCAUGAGAGAUGGACAAUUAACCAUCCUGCAAAAGGUGACCAGAGCAAACUACAGUAAGCAGAAGUUGAAACCUCACAGCACGUCAUUUAAAAUAGAACAGAUGACUACUACUUCAUGUUAAGAGUUUAACGUUGACAUUGUUUGACACUGAAACCAUUUUGAUACCAGUAUUUGCUAUGUGACAUUUAAAAAUAAAAAAACAUGAUAUACA